ACAAACAAAUGUCGCCAGCAACAAGGACACGGAACAGAGAGACAACGCGAGGAAAGCUAGGACACGCAUGCCAUUCGUGCCGUUUGCUCAAGACCAAAUGUUUCAACGAUGGAUCGAUAAACACCCCCUGCGACAGAUGUACGGAGCAGUCAUUGCGCUGCGAUUACUCGAGACGGAAGCGUGGGCGCAAGUCCAAAGCAGAACUUGCACAGAGGGCCGAGGAGUCGGCUGAGGAGGACAUUCGGUCUUCUCCGACCAGAUCACUGGACAGCGACACCCUCGGUGUGCUGAGCGCCGGCACAUUGCCUCAGCGCUGGGUCCCAUCACACCACGAAGGAGGGGAGGUACCUGACUCACUGCCGGUCGGCUCGGCACUCGCCAUACCCGCCCACGACAUAUCUGGCCAUGUCGGCACUGAGCUGGAGACACCCUCCCUGUCCGUCUCAACCCCGGUACAUCGGCGUCACAUGUCCGCGGGAAUCGCCGACCACGAUCAUCCCACUGAUGGGUCGGCAUCGGUGGACAUCUCAGACCGACUCAACCCUCCAGAGUUUAGACUGGCUAAUCAGGCCCGGGAUGAUGCGCCGCCAUACCAGCGUGACUGGCGACGGUUAACGCGGACUUCAAGUGAACGGUACCCGACCCCAUCGCCGCGGCCGUUUGAUGACCCAGUCACACUUGGGUUGAGCAGCGAGGCUCAGGCGAUUCACAUGAUUGAGCUCUUUUACGACCAGUUAAAUCCUCAAAUUGCCGUGUUGGAUCGUGGCUACCACACGUUUGAUCAUAUCAGGCAAAAAUCGCCCAUCCUGCUGUCGUCGAUGCUGGCCGCGGUUGCCAAGUUCUUCGCCUUUGAACUCUACCAACCAAUGCUCAACCAUGCUCUAACCCUCUUGAACCACAAAGGGAUGAACGGCGACGGCACCUACGACAUCUACGACAUCCAGGCGAUCCUCAUCCAAGUGUAUUACAAGCACCCAUCAGAUCGCACCGUUUGGAUCCGGAUCGGCAUGGCACUCCGUAUCGCCCAGCAGCUUCGUCUCAAUGAAAGUUACCGACGUCCGCUGCCCGCUGAUCCGAUCGAAAAGCGCCAACAGCUGAACCGUGAACGAACAUGGCUAUUACUUGUUUGCUUUGAUCGAACCUACUCCUACACUUUUGACUUCCCGUUGACGGUGAAGGUUCAUGAGAUCAUUGACAUCGCCAGCGGCUACCGCAAGCAUCUGUGGAGAUGGUUCGAUGCUCCUGACUACGUUGCUUCGGUUCUCACCCCAAGGGAACAACGGAUCCUCAGAGCCGAUCCGUUGAACCAGCUGCUCGCGAUCAAGGAGUUGGAGCUUCAACUGUCGCAUUGGGAGAAUCAGACCGACCUCGUCGAGUGGAUGUCACUUGCUGACCAGGUGGUCCAGCAGCUUGAGCGCACCACUGAGGACCGUGGGUUCCUCUAUCUUCAGGACACCGCGUCAGUGGCAAUGUCGGCGUUGGCGCUCAACCUCUUCAAGACAGAGUUCCUCGGAGGGGCCAAUGCUCUCAUCCCGGAGGAUCUGGACAUCGAGAAUGAGUAUUGGUCAACAAUGUUCUCCACGACAUCCGAGUACCCCCAAAUACUGGCCCAGCUACAGUCUCUCACAGCGCCAUUGUCAGGCUGAUACUGUAUGGGAUGUCAAACUCGCGCCCUUU